AUGUUUCAGAGAUUGAAUAAAAUGUUUGUGGGUGAAGUCAAUACUUCUUCGAACCAAGAACCAGAAUUUAGUGAGAAGGAAGAUGAUGAGUGGAUUCUUGUUGACUUCAUAGACACUUGCACGGGUUUCUCAGCAGCAGAGGAUGAGGAAGAAGAUGACAUCAGUGAAGAGUCACCUCCCGAGCACCCUUCAGUCUUUUCCUGUCUCCCUGCGUCUCUCGAGUGCUUGGCUGAUACGAGUGACUCCUGCUUCCUCCAGUUUGAGUCCUGUCCAAUGGAGGAGAGCUGGUUUAUCACCCCUCCCCCAUGUUUUACUGCAGGUGGAUUAACCACUAUCAAGGUGGAAACCAGUCCUAUGGAAAACCUUCUCAUCGAACACCCCAGCAUGUCUGUCUAUGCUGUGCAUGACCCCUGCCCCAGUCUCGGUGAGGCCCACUGUGGGACUGAGGAAUUCCAUAACCCAGGCAGUCCCAGAGUGGAAGCUGAGAAUGAGAUGGGGCAGCAUAUUCAUUGCUAUGUUGCAGCUCUCGCUGCUCAUACAGCUUUUCUGGAACAACCCAAGAGCUUUCGCCCUUCACAGUGGAUUAAAGAACACAGUGAAAGACAGUCUCUGAACAGAAAUAGCCUUCGUCGCCAAAAUCUUACCAGAGAUUGCCACCCUCGGCAAGUCAAGCACAGCGGCUGGGCUGUCCAUCAGCCCUGCCCACGUCAGUACAAUUACUAA